CUGCGCAGUUCUUGAGAGCUGAGCCAAUUGCUUAAAAUUGAACUUCUGAAUUUAAAAUGUUAAGAGAAAUACGGCAGGUGUUGAGGCUAAUCCAGUUGAUGGGAAAACAGAGGAAACAGUCCAGUUUAAAGAAUACUGGAGCCCUUUUAGUGCUUCUAUGGACCGAAAAAGGCUCGUCCCAUCACAGGUUAAACUGCACUGUUGCAACUGCUGGUUCCUGGUGUUUUGGAAUUGAAAUGCACACCCUUCAAGCUGCUCUGAAAAAGGUCCUGCUUCCCGAUGUGUGGCCUUGUCCUGAGCCUGAUCCCGAGGAGCUGAGCGCCUUCACAGAUCUGUUCGGCUCACUGAAGUUCCUGCUGAAUUUUCAGAUGAAAAAUCCAGGAUAUUACUCGUCUAAAUGGCAGGCUCACGUUAAAGCGUUUCUUCAGACGUUCGGUUUGACCAAUGCUGGUAUAAGAAUCCAACUAAAAUUUAAAAUCUAUGGACAGAAAUCACAACAUGACUUUAGCGCUUUCCUCACAAGUAAAGUUGCUCUUUCAGUCCGACCACCUCUGAUCUUGGAUGUCACUUGUUCUGCACAACCAUGGUGGGAUCAGAGAGGAUCGUGGUGUCAGAAAGGACAUCCUGUUGUCGGAGAACGGUUUCCUCUCGCCAUCCCACCCAAAGCCAUGGACCAAGGCCUGUUCGGAGAGCUCAGUGUCCAGAUCGUUACGCUGCUGAGCCCCUGUGUGCUGCAGUACCCCAAUUUGCCUACGGAGCUAUCUCGCAUGCAAAUAUCCUUUUGUCUGGUUCUGGUUUUCAGCCCCAGCAACAUCCCCGUUUCAGCUCCGUCUGGUUUCUUCCAAACCCUUCCUGUUGCUUUGGACUACCAGCAUCUGGGACUGGACAGAAUGCACUGCUGCUCCUUCAAAGCGUCCCCUGAUGAUCCUGCGCACAGUGAUGGUGUUGUGUUCACUGUGGAGCAGGGAAACUGGGACGAUCCAGUGCAGGAACCCAGUCACCUCCCAGUUCAGCAGAGUCUCCUAGUCCUGCUCUUCCUACAAUAUAGUGACCCCUUCACCUCUGACCUCGCAGAUAAAAUGGAUUGUGAAUUGUUGUUAGAGCGCCAUCUAGAGGACAUUCUGAGCAACAACAGGCAGGCCGUCACAUCAGCUAUUCAGGCUGAACUUUUCAACACAACGAAGGCUUUAAAAGAAAGAAAAAAGAUUACCUCCAAACAUACAUAA